CCGCUCUCGUUUAGUUUCUUCCGUAACCCGGCAGAUUUUCCCACGUGACCGCUGCAACUUCCUUUCUUGUGGCAGCCAUCGAGAAAAAUGGCAAAGAUCAAGGCUAGAGACCUUCGUGGAAAGAAAAAGGAGGAGCUGCUGAAACAGCUGGAUGAUCUGAAAGUGGAACUUUCCCAGCUCCGCGUUGCCAAGGUCACCGGUGGAGCUGCAUCCAAACUCUCAAAAAUCCGCGUUGUCCGCAAGUCCAUCGCCAGAGUCCUCACAGUCAUCAACCAGACACAGAAGGAGAACUUGAGGAAGUUUUACAAGGGUAAGAAGUACAAGCCUUUGGACCUGAGACCCAAGAAGACCCGCGCCAUCCGUCGUCAGCUCACAAAACACGAAGAGAACUUGAUGACCAAGAAGAUGCAGAGGAAAUCUCGUCUCUACUCCAUUCGCAAGUUUGCUGUCAAGGCAUAAAAAGCUGUACUUGUUGUUUUUCACUGAAAAAUAAAACCCCCACUCACCCUGGAA